UCAGUUAGCGUUUGGAUUUGUUCGAGAGUAUAGGGCCACGCGUCGUUCUCGUUUCAACGUAUAUUUAGGGUGUUUGUGAGUGUUUGUCAGAUUGUGUGCGUGUGAGUGUGUGAUUUAAACACACAACAGCCACAGUAACAACCCUCAGACGGUGUAUCUACAACAGCAACAGCAACAGCAACAAAAAUAAGAACAAUAAUACCGAAGCGACGGAGGCAAAUAGCAAUCAAAGCGAAACCGGUUCCGGUGCUACGCGUACGUUUGUCGAAUUGUGUAUGCGUUUACGCGACACAUACAUACAAUUAAAACAAAAUACACAUACAUACACACAUUUGGUGUUGUUUAAUUUUGCUGUAAAAGCAAAAUAAAUGUGCAAGUGUUGUAAGUGAAAAUCGGAAUAAAAAAAUAAUCGAAAUCGAUAAACAAGUGUUAAACUAGUGUUCGCACAAUAAAUUCCGUGCGCAAUAUUGAAACAUAUUGUGGAUUACUAUUUGGAUAUAAAAUUGACAACAACAACAACAACAUCAGCAAAAGUACAAGCGAACCAUUAACAUCACAAACGCAAACAACAGCAAAAGCCGUAAAAUGUUGCCACCACCGCGUUUAAACGCCAUGAAAUGGUUAACACUACUCGCAGCUAUCGCCGCCUUCUCUACACCAGUCGCUUAUGCGGCUACACAACCCGAUGCCGACCAAAAGGGACCUGUUUUCCUCAACGAACCAACAAAUCGUAUUGACUUCUCAAACUCGACUGGCGCCGAAAUUGAAUGUAAAGCUAGCGGUAACCCUAUGCCUGAGAUCAUUUGGAUACGUAGUGACGGUACAGCUGUUGGUGAUGUACCUGGUUUACGUCAGAUUUCAUCCGAUGGCAAAUUGGUAUUCCCACCAUUCCGCGCUGAAGAUUAUCGCCAAGAGGUGCACGCUCAGGUCUAUGCUUGUUUGGCGCGUAAUCAAUUUGGCACUAUCAUUUCACGCGAUGUUCACGUACGAGCCGUCGUCCCACAAUCCUAUACGGUAAAUGUCAUGGAUGAGGCAGUUUUGCGCGGUAAUAGCGCUAUACUUAAAUGCCACAUACCUAGCUUUGUUGCGGAUUUCAUAUCGGUCGCUUCGUGGUUGGAAGAUGAGGAACGCGAAAUUUUCACCACCAACGAUGGCGUCGGACAUUUUGAUAGCGAUGGCAAAUAUUUGGUUUUGCCCUCUGGUGAACUACACAUUCGUGAAGUUGGACCCGAAGAUGGUUACAAAAGCUAUCAAUGCCGCACCAAACAUCGUUUGACUGGCGAAACACGUUUGAGUGCGACCAAAGGACGUUUGGUGAUUACAGAACCAGUUGGCAGUGUUAGUCCCAAAAUUAGUAUCGGUGAAGAUUUGAAACAUUUUAAAGGCAAACAGACACAAGGUUUAAGCUUACUAUGUCCAGCACAAGCAUAUCCACAGCCAGUUUUUAGAUGGUACAAAUUCAUCGAAGGCACUACACGCAAACAAGCUGUCAUACUCAACGAACGCGUCAAACAAGUCUCCGGCACUUUGAUCAUCAAAGAUGCGGUUGUCGAGGAUUCCGGCAAAUAUCUGUGCGUCGUCAAUAACUCCGUCGGGGGCGAAAGUGUGGAGACUGUGCUCACUGUCACCGCGCCACUCUCGGCGAAAAUCGAUCCACCCACACAAACAGUAGACUUUGGACGUCCAGCAGUGUUCACCUGUCAAUACAGCGGUAAUCCCAUCAAGACUAUUAGUUGGAUGAAGGAUGGCAAAUCGAUUGGACAUAGCGAUCAGGUCUUACGCAUCGAAUCGGUUAAGAAGGAGGAUAAGGGCAUGUAUCAGUGUUUUGUGCGUAACGAUCAGGAAUCGGCGGAGGCAAGCGCUGAAUUGAAAUUGGGCGGUCGUUUCGAUCCACCUGUUAUACGACAGGCAUUCCAGGAGGAAACAAUGGAACCAGGUCCCAGCGUCUUUCUCAAGUGUGUCGCUGGUGGCAAUCCAACACCGGAAAUCUCCUGGGAACUCGAUGGCAAGAAAAUCGCCAAUAUCGAUCGUUAUCAAGUGGGACAAUAUGUGACGGUGAAUGGUGAUGUGGUAUCGUAUUUGAAUAUAACUUCAGUGCAUGCGAACGAUGGUGGUCUGUAUAAGUGUAUUGCGAAGAGCAAGGUUGGCGUAGCUGAACACUCGGCUAAAUUAAAUGUCUAUGGACUACCCUACAUACGGCAAAUGGAAAAGAAAGCUAUUGUAGCGGGUGAAACAUUGAUUGUGACCUGUCCCGUAGCGGGUUAUCCAAUCGACUCGAUUGUGUGGGAAAGAGACAACCGCGCUUUGCCCAUCAAUCGCAAACAGAAGGUCUUCCCCAAUGGCACUUUAAUCAUCGAGAAUGUGGAACGUAACUCCGAUCAAGCAACCUACACUUGCGUAGCUAAAAAUGCCGAAGGUUAUUCAGCGCGCGGCUCACUCGAAGUACAAGUUAUGGUUGCGCCACAGAUCAGCCCAUUCAGCUUCGGGGAAGAACCACUUAAUCGUGGUGAGGUCGCUAGUGUCACCUGCGUUGUACCCAAAGGUGACUUACCGCUUGACAUUUAUUGGACAUUGAAUUCAGCGCUCAUUGUAAAUGGUGAAAAUGGUUUUAAUAUAUUCAAAAUGAAUAAACGUACAAGUUCGCUGAAUAUAGACUCGCUCGAAGCAAUGCAUCGCGGCACUUAUAAGUGUAUUGCGAACAAUUCAGCGGGUUAUGCUGAAUAUGUAGCGGUAUUAGAAGUGAAUGGUUUGUUCGAAAAGUCUAUAUAUUUAUUUAUUUAUAAGAAGUUGGAAGUAGCAAAAAUAGUUUUUUGUUUUUAUUUGAUUAAACGCUUCUCUUUUCUACCACCACCACUUCUUUCCCUCACUCCUCGUCAUUGCUACCCUCGAAAAGUGCCACCACAAAUACAACCCUUCGAUUUUGGUGAGGAGCCAGCAAAUACUGGCGAGAUUGCUGGUGUUUUCUGUAUGAUACCCAAAGGUGAUUUACCCAUGGAAAUUCGUUGGACCCUAAAUUUAGCGCCUAUCAUCACAGGCGAACACGGUUUUACGCUCUCGCGCAUGAAUCCACGCACAAGCUCACUGAAUAUUGACUCAUUAGAAGCGCGUCAUCGUGGCAUAUACAAAUGCAUUGCAUCGAAUAAGGCAGGCAGUGCGGAAUAUAGCGCUGAAUUGCAUGUGAAUGUACCACCCAGAUGGAUACUCGAACCCACCGAUAAGGCUUUCGCCCAAGGUUCCGAUGCAAAGGUUGAAUGCAAAGCUGAUGGCUUCCCAAAACCCCAAGUGACAUGGAAGAAAGCUGUUGGCGACAGCCCCGGCGAAUACAAGGAUCUCAAGAAGAACGAUAAUAUACGCGUCGAAGAAGGCACACUCCAUAUUGAUAAUAUUCAGAAGACUAAUGAGGGUUAUUAUCUCUGCGAGGCAAUUAAUGGCAUUGGCUCUGGUCUCUCGGCCGUCAUAAUGAUCAGCGUACAGGCGCCACCAGAAUUCACCGAAAAACUACGCAAUCAAACUGCGCGUCGCGGUGAACCUGCAGUGCUGCAGUGUGAAGCGAAGGGCGAGAAACCAAUUGGUAUUUUAUGGAAUAUGAAUAAUGUACGUUUGGAUCCCAAAAAUGAUAAUCGCUACACAAUACGCGAGGAAAUUCUCUCCACCGGCGUUAUGUCUAGUCUCUCAAUUAAACGCACUGAACGCUCCGACUCUGCGCUCUUCACCUGCCUGGCCACGAAUGCUUUUGGCUCGGAUGAUGCUAGCAUUAAUAUGAUCAUACAAGAAGUUCCCGAGAUGCCAUACGCUUUGAAAGUUUUAGACAAGUCUGGCCGUUCCGUACAAUUGAGUUGGGCACAACCCUACGAUGGCAAUUCACCACUUAUUCGCUAUAUUAUUGAAUUCAAACGUUCACGCGCCUCUUGGGAUGAAGUGGAUCGUGUUAUGGUACCUGGUCACACCACCGAAGCACAAGUACAGAAACUAAGUCCCGCCACAACCUAUAAUAUACGCAUUGUGGCCGAGAAUGCCAUUGGUACAUCACAAUCAUCCGAGGCUGUGACAAUUAUCACCGCCGAGGAGGCGCCAUCUGGUAAACCACAAAAUAUUAAAGUUGAACCCGUUAAUCAGACAACAUUGCGCGUCACAUGGAAGCCACCAGCACGCUCCGAGUGGAAUGGUGAAAUUUUGGGUUACUACGUUGGCUAUAAAUUAUCGAAUACCAAUUCUUCAUAUGUUUUUGAGACUGUUAACUUUUUGACUGAAGAGGGCAAAGAGCAUAGUUUGGAAUUGAAUAAUUUACGCGUCUACACCCAAUACUCUGUGGUAAUACAAGCAUUCAAUAAGAUUGGCGCUGGUCCACUUAGCGAGGAGGAGAAACAAUUCACUGCCGAAGGUACACCUAGUCAACCACCAAGCGACACUGCCUGUACCACAUUGACCUCGCAAACAAUUCGUGUUAGCUGGGUGAGUCCACCACUCGAGUCGGCCAAUGGUGUGAUCAAGACUUACAAGGUGGUAUAUGCGCCCAGCGAUGAGUGGUAUGAUGACACCAAACGUCACUACAAGAAGACUGCCUCCUCCGACACCGUUUUACAUGGACUCAAGAAAUUCACCAACUACACCAUGCAAGUACUUGCCACAACCGCUGGCGGUGAUGGCGUACGCAGCGCACCCAUACAUUGUCAAACCGAACCUGAUGUACCCGAAGCACCCACCGAUGUGAAGGCCUUAGUUAAGGGACAAGCUGCCAUAUUGGUCUCAUGGCGCCCACCAGCACAACCCAACGGUAUUAUACAACAAUACACUGUCUACUCUAAAGUUGAAGGCGCUGAGGGUGAACCAAAAAGCCAGAAAAUAUCACAAUACCAAAUGAGUUACGAGGCCACCGAUUUGGAAAAGAAUAAACCUUAUGAAUUCUGGGUCACUGCUAGCACCAACAUUGGCGAAGGACAACAAUCGAAGAGCAUUGUAGCGAUGCCCAGUGAUCAAGUGCCCGCCAAGAUUGCCUCAUUCGAUGACACUUUCACCGCUACCUUCAAGGAGGAUGCUAAAAUGCCCUGCCUGGCUGUGGGUGCACCACAACCGGAGAUUACAUGGAAAAUCAAGGGUGUUGAAUUCACAAGCAAUGAUCGUAUGCGUGUCUUAAAUGAUGGCACUUUGUUAAUUAAAUCGGUUAAUCGUCAAGAUGCCGGCGAAUAUACUUGUCACGCGGAGAACUCCAUUGCCAAGGAUUCGAUUACACAUAAACUAAUCGUUUUGGCGCCACCACAAUCACCACAAGUUUCACUCUCGGCCACCACAACCGAUUCGUUGACGGUGAAAGUGAAACCACAUGAGGGCGAUACGGCGCCACUACAUGGUUACACAUUGCACUACAAGCCAGAAUUCGGUGAAUGGGAAACUGCUGAGGUCUCUGUGGAUGCACAAAAGUUCACCAUUGAAAAUUUGCUUUGCGGCUCACGCUAUCAGGUCUAUGCUACCGGUUUCAAUAACAUUGGCGCUGGCGAGGCUUCGGACAUACUCAAUACACGCACCAAAGGUUACAAACCCAAACUGCCAGAGAAACAACGUUUCAUUGAGGUUUCAUCGAACUCGGUUUCAUUGCAUUUCAAGGCCUGGAAGGAUGGCGGCUGCCCCAUGUCACACUUUGUUGUUGAAAAUAAGAAGCGCGAUCAAAAUGAAUGGAAUCAAAUCUCGAAUAAUGUCAAACCCGAUAAUAAUUAUGUUGUUUUGGAUCUCGAACCGGCCACUUGGUAUAAUUUACGCAUCACCGCACACAAUUCAGCCGGUUUUACGGUAGCCGAAUAUGAUUUCGCCACACUGACUGUGACUGGAGGCACAAUCGCCCCUUCGCGUGAUUUACCCGAACUAACCGCCGAGGAUACGAUACGCAUCAUACUUUCGAACUUAAAUUUAGUUGUACCGGUGGUAGCUGCUCUGCUCGUUAUUAUCAUAGCGAUAAUUGUUAUUUGUGUUCUACGUAGCAAAGGCAAUCAUCACAAAGACGAUGUAGUUUACAAUCAGACCAUGGGACCUGGCGCCACAUUGGAUAAACGACGACCCGACUUGCGUGAUGAACUCGGCUAUAUUGCACCACCCAAUCGCAAGCUGCCACCAGUGCCCGGCUCCAAUUAUAAUACCUGCGACCGGAUUAAGCGAGCACGUGGCAUACGCUCGAAUCAUUCCACCUGGGAUCCACGCCGUACCAAUUUGUACGAGGAAUUGAAGGCUCCACCAGUGCCACUGCACGGUAAUCAUUAUGGUCCCGAGGAUGUGCAAUGCCAUUAUAGACAUCCAGGCAUGGAAGAUGAAAUCUGCCCCUACGCAACCUUCCACUUGCUCGGCUUCCGCGAAGAAAUGGAUCCCACCAAGGCAAUGAACUUCCAAACCUUCCCACAUCAAAAUGGACACGCACCCGGACCCGGACAUGCUGGCACUAUGGGCCCACCCGGCCAUCCUGGACAUGUACACUCACGUUCCGGUUCACAAUCAAUGCCACGCGCCAAUCGUUAUGCACGCAAAAACAGUCAAGGUGGACAAUCGUCGAUUUAUACACCAGCACCCGAGUAUGAUGAUCCAGCUAACUGCGCUGAGGAGGAUCAAUAUCGUCGUUAUACACGCGUCAACUCACAAGGUGGCAGUCUCUACUCUGGCCCCGGACCCGAAUAUGAUGAUCCCGCCAAUUGUGCACCCGAAGAGGAUCAAUAUGGCUCACAAUAUGGUGGUCCAUAUGGUACACCAUACGAUCAUUAUGGUUCACGUGGCUCGAUGGGUAGACGCAGUGUCGGUUCUGCACGUAAUCCAGGUAAUGGCUCACCAGAACCACCACCACCACCACCACGUAAUCACGAUAUGAGCAACUCCUCAUUCAAUGACUCCAAGGAGAGUAAUGAGAUCUCAGAAGCUGAAUGUGAUCGCGAUCAUGGACCACGCGGCAAUUAUGGCGAAGACUCCAAUGAGGCUGUCAAAAGAUCCCCACUACAAAAGGAUCAACGUACAACUGAAGAAAUGCGCAAACUGAUUGAAAGUCGACGGCCAUUAAACGAAGCCGGUCCAAAACAACUCCAACAACAAAGUGGCGCAGGAUUCACAGCCUACGAUACUAUGGCAGUGUAAUUUGUAAACCGACAACUGUAGCAACCAACAGCAACAGCAACAACAACAGUAACCACCAACAACAUACUAGCACAACAAGAACCAAUAGCAGAGAGAGAGAGAGAGAUAGAGAAGGAGUGAGAUAGAGAGGGAGAGAGAUAGAGAGAGUGCAAAUGUGAAAAGCAAACCUCCCGGUUCCACUAGUCAUAUGUAUGUAGUAGCUGCGCAAAAGAAAACCAAAUAUUUUUUCUUUCAGUGUAUUACUUGGUGAUAAGAGAGCGGGAAAGAGAGAGAGUAGUUGAUGUUAGUUGAAAAUUUAAAGAGAAAAGUGAGUGUGAGAGAAAGUUGAUGAGUUAAAAAGAAGGUGAAUUGUGUACCAAAGAGUACACUAUUUUACACUUUCUCUCUCUCUCUCACUCUCUCACUCUCACUCGCUCAUUAGCUUGGCAGCGCACGGGCGACAGGGAGCGUAUUAAUUCAUACAUACAUAACUAAGUAAGAUAAAAAAGAGAGGAUGUGUGUGAGCGGGAAAAAUGAAAAUGUGAAAUAUAAAACAUCGCUGGCGUAAUUUGUGCGAAAGAGACAAAUAUAUAUAUAUACAUAGUAAUAUAUAUAUAUACAUAGCUAUAUAUAUAAUUAUUAACAUCACAGUAAAUGUAUUAAACAAACUACAUACAUACAUAAUGGUAUAUGCAAAAUGAGUAAGAGAAAAAAAUGCGCUCUCCGUUUUAUU